AGCCUCUGUUGACUUCCGGGAACAUGGCGAUCACCGGGGCGGCGGAUGACCACUGGCAGAGUGCAAGGGGAGUGUAACGGAAGGCUGUGCUCCCCGGUUACAGGCCUGAAAGACGAGUCCUCCGCGCCGACGGGACACGAGUCUCGUGUGUGGAUCUGUGUCGAGAUCACAUAGACAAACAGUUCCGCUCAGGAAGCUUUACCUUCACAUACACUGAUAAAAUCACUGACUUUAGCUGCUGAAAAAGAGUCGCGCAUUUUGAUCAAGCCAUGUCCUACCGGAUCGCACCAAAUUCACGCACUAUAUUAGCCAUAUUUUAAUAAAACUGUCUCGGUUUCGUUACGCGAAGCAGAUGAACAUCAGUAUUAAACUGCAGAUCGUGUGAAAUCCUCGUCGGUGUAGCAGUUUGUUAGCAGUGCGCAGCUCUGCUCCUCUUCCGGGGCCUCAGCAGAUGCUCCACAAAUCCUGCUUUUACAACAUGUCAGUCCCGUUUAAGCCUUUAUUUAAUAUCAGUUUGUAAAUCCACAUGGCUGUGCAGCACAGUUAACCUUUGGAUGAUCUGAAUCGAGAGCCAAUGUCACCAACUCCCGCCUUUGAACUCAUCCUCCUGACCCUGCUCAUCCAUCCCUGCGCCAGCCUCUGAGAGAAACAUGAGUGUUCUUUUGAACUUCACUGCUGGACCACCCUAUAUAACAUGCUGGGGCUGUCUGUAUGCUUUGGCCUCUUAACCUGCAGGAGAGUCUCCUCGCCCCACCAGCAUUCUCUCCUACUGAGUUUAGGUGCCCUCACUAGUAUGUACACCACACGUAUGUACAGUGGUGGUGGGGGUAAGCCAGGACGCCGCAUCGGCCUGAUGGGAGGAGGGCCGCCCAUGCUGGAGAACCACCAUCAUCAGCUCCCGCCUCAUCACCCUCAUGUCCAUCAGCCUCAGAGCUACCCACCUGUUUAUCAAACCCGUCUAGACGCCCACCGGCCCCACUACCAGACCCACCAGCACUACCACACACACCCUCAAGUCACCCACCUCCCCCCUCCACACUACCAGCCUCACGCGCAUUUGCACCAUGGCAAGAAGAAGACCUGGAACUUCAUCCACGAGAAGAUGAGCUACGACACCUUCUUCACCAUGAAGCGGCUGAUCGAUCGCUCGCGCACCGUGGAUGAAGUUCUGCGCUGGGUCACCCAGAAUCCAGGGAAGAUCUCGCACAAUCAUUACCCUAUUGCCCUACAGAAGAUCGGUCAGCUGCUGGUGCUGCAGCAGGCGGGAGGUCAGGCGGGUGGGAGCGGAUCAGGCGGCGGUGGGGGAGCGGGUGACGGGGCCUCACCUGCAUCCUCUGCUGGAGGUUCGGGGGAGAACGCCAUACGACAGAUUCUGGACAAUCAGGAUUUUCAGACGCUCUGUGAUGCCAUUGUCAGUGACUGUGCCAAGUUUGACAACUUCAGCAUUGUUAACUGCCUUUAUGCUGUAGCUGCUCUUGGGCUGCCCAGUGACUCUCAGAUCGUAAAGGUUCUGGAGGAAGAGUCCCAGGCUCGCCUGUCCCAGUUUAAUCAAAAGGACAUCUCCAUGGUUUUCAGCAGCAGCAUGAAGCUUCAUCCGUCCAGCCAGCAUCCCUUGAUUGAAUCAUGUCUCACCGGGCUAGAGAAGAACAUUGAGCGGGAGCGCCAUCCCCAGACGCUCUUCCUCCUGCUCUCCUACUACCGCACUAAAUGGAGAGCGCUGCGGGCGGCAGAGGGAGUCUCUCCCGAGCAGCUGGUGGUGAACCGGAAGAUCCUGCGGCUGGUGAAGCACACACUGGCCAGUGUUAGCAGCGUCCGGGACCAUGAGAUGGCUCUGCUGGAUGAGAUGCUGUCAGCUUGCGCCAGGGAGGCUAGCAACAAGAGCCUCGAGCUUAUCUUCAGCUCUCACCUCUUCUACCAGAACAGGCAGGAGAAGUUUGUGAGCAGCCUUGCAGAGGAGUUGCCUAAAAAGGUUGAUAGCAUUACGCCUUACACCAUGGCCCUCAUCGCCAAAUACAUCGCUCGCCAUCGGCUCAGAGAAACACGCUUGCUAGACACCAUCGCUGACUUCUUGGUCAAGAAGGGUGAAUACCUGGACAGCAAGGUGAUCCAGAAGCUUGUUUUCCCGUUUAGUCGUAUGAGUUAUCGGCCGGCUAAUGAAGCUCAGUUUUUCUCUAAGCUGGAGAUGGUGCUUGAACUAAAGGCUCCGAGUUCUCCGCUGGCCACCGUAAACAUCCUCAUGUCUUUAUUUCAGCUGGGCCAUUUCCCUGGGCUCGUUCUUCACCGUGUCUUCUCCCCAGCGUUCAUCAGUAAUGUCACCAACAGCCCAUAUGCUCUGAUUGUACGACGCUAUCUUUCACUACUGGAUGCAGCCGUCGAGCUGGAAUACAGGGACUACACUGGACCUCGCCUUCAGGAUACACACAAAGUGCUCAUGUUCGACCACGCUUUAACUGCAGAUGAGGUGAACCGCAAAUACAGUUAUAAAGGUCUGGUUGCAGAGGCACUCCGACAGCUUGUUGGUGAGCACGGCUACAAACAAGAUGAAGUUCUCGCACCAGGAUAUUACACAGAUUUCCUGCUGUGGGUGGACAGCACGGGCCGUGUCCUCCCCAUCAGAACAGGCACAGCAGCAGCAGGAUCAACCGCGUGUGUAGUCCUGAACCUCAAAUCUCCAGAGGGGAUCUCCAGCUCUGUCGCAGCCCUUACUACUGACUUCCAGAAGUUCUCUCCUUUUGUCCCGUCACUGGAGGAAGGGGUCGACAAACAAGCAGCAGAGGAGUCUGCCUUCCUGUCUGCUCCCAUGCGUCCCCCAGCAGCAGCAGCAGCAGGAGGAGGAUCUCAGAGCGUCGGUCCUAACGGAACGGUCCUUCUGGACUACAACCCAUAUUACACCACUUCAGAUUAUUACUCGACUCUAGCCAAGGAGCACUCUCUGGAGAGCCAGGACAGCUCCACGCUCAGUAGCCCCUCAGACUGCCUGACCCAGACAGGACCCUCUGUUCCAGGCACAGUUGCACCGCAAGACUCCCUGUUCCAGUUCUCCAUUGGAAAAAUCCUGGAGGACGAGGGAGGUGCUGCAACAGGAGCAAACCCGGGGCCGGAUUGUGAGAUCGCUCCAUUUUACGAAGGUGUAUCGUACCCAGAGAGGGGUGAGAGUGAUGUUGUGGCCGCUUCUCCACUGCAGCUUCACAACCCAGACCACCCUGAAGCUGACCGGACCCCAGGAGAGCAGGUGAAGAGGGUUAUUAUGUCUGUAAAUGAUAAAUGGCAUUACUGUCAUAAUUCUGAUGUGCUGGUCGGAUCCAGGGCGAUGAGAGACCGUCACCUGCAGUUACUGGGCUACAUCAUACUACAGUUGCCCUAUUUGGAGUUGGAGAAGCUGAACGGGAUAGAGGAAGUUAAGCAGUACCUACACAAAAAGCUGCUGGAGGUUCCUUUAUGACGACAUUAAUGCAGUGUGUUUGUGUGCUUCAGAGAGCAUGUGCGACAUCCACAGUUUCAAGAGGUCUCGUUGUUUUCAGAAAGACUAUGGUGUACUUAUGUGUCUGUGUGUGUAUGUGAGCGUCUGUAAGUGCGUUUGUACACAGGAUGUGAACAGUCCUUGAUUUCAGGACAAAACUUUGGCUGACACAAGGAAUCUGGGUGGGUGUUGUUGUUAUUCUUUAAUUACACAGAGAUCUUCUUUGGGCAAAGUUCAAAAUAAUAUAUGUAGUCUAACUGUGCCUGGAUGAUACUGCUUAUUCAGCGUCAUCAAGCAAACAUUACUUCCCUCCAUUCAUUCUCAAUAACCAUCACAAAACAUCAGCAGCACAAAGUGAGUGUUUUUCGGUAUAGGUGAGAAGAGCAGGCAGUUUGUUAUUAUAAGUUCCCCAGCAAUUUAUUUUAGCUUUUGAUGGCGUUCCCACAUCCCCAUUUUUUGUGUGUGUGUUUAGGUGCAAAUUUGGGAGCAGGAACUAAGUUUGACUUUUGGGGCAAGUAUAGUAGACUAUAUUUCAUGGAUGUGGACACAGGUUUGCAGGGGUCUUGUGGUGAUGAGCCACAGCUAUUUGUAUUUCAGAUGCUGCCGCAACGACCACUGCUGCUCUUUGGUUUUAAACCUAAAAGAAUUGAGGUUUUGGGGAUAAAUAUGGACGUAGAUUGUAAGAAAUAAAUGGGGAUGUUGAUUAAAAGUCUUAUGACGUGAACUGUAUGGAUUUACAGAAUAGAUAGUUAUAUAUUAUAUAAUUAUUAUAUGCAGGAAUGGGUUAUGUUUAUGUAUUUUAUUUUCUCAAAAUGAUUAACCGUUUUGGUGUCAUGUGAGGGGAAAAAGCAAUGCACAAAGUUGACUGCAGGAUAGUUAUUAAAUAAUGUUUUCAUCUCUCCCAUGUGGAGAAUGUUGCAUUUUUAGAUUGUGCCUUUAGUGUAUGAAUAUAUGCUCAUUGUAAUAUUCAGACAAAUUCUAAAUAAAAAGCUUAAUGAAAGUCUUUUAUGAAAAGACAAGUCAAUGUAGCUGCAGUUAAUUUCAUCAUUAAAAAGAAAUUAAUUCAUGGAAUCCAGUUGGAUUUGUCAUCAUCAUAUUUGCCACAGUGACAGGCAACUCUCUAGUGUGAUGUUAAAGUAUUAUCAUAGUUUAUUUUAAUAAGUACAAAAUAAGUUUUGCAUAGUUGAUUUCAAAUAAAGCCAAGAAGGUUUGUUAAAUCAAGGCAUUGCUUACAUUCAUGUGCUUUGAGUAGCUUGAUACGAAAAGCAUAAAGAUCCCAAUAUCAGAUCUUAAUAUGGAAGAUGUAUUUUGUGUGAUUCAACCAUAUACCACUUUCUUGGUGUGCAUUUGCUUUGCUCUUUCUUUAGAGGGAAAGAUAAUUUAUUAUGGGAAGUGAAUGUAAGUGGACCGUGUGAGUGAAUGUCUGUGUCGGGUAGCAGGUGGGGAAAUGGAUUGAAAUGUCUCUUUAUAUAUACGUAUUAAAAUGUCUAUAUAAAAAAAAAGAUUAUUAAAAAUGAAAUGGAAGAAA